AUGUUAGCCAACGACUCAAAGACAAUCACUGUGGGUGAUUGUCAACAGUGUACUUCCAACAUUAUACAAGACAUUGAUACUGAGUCAACAGUGUACAUCCAACAGUUACCAAACAUUGAUACUGAGUCAACAGUGUACAUCCAACAGUUACCAAACAUUGAUACUGAGUCAACAGUGUACAUCUUACAGUUACCAUACAGUGAUACUGAGUCAACAGUGUACAUUCAACAGUUACCAAACAUUGAUACUGAGUCAACAGUGUACAUCCAACAGUUACCAAACAUUGAUACUGAGUCAACAGUGUACAUCCAACAGUUACCAAACAUUGAUACUGAGUCAACAGUGUACAUCUUACAGUUACCAUACAGUGAUACUGAGUCAACAGUGUACAUUCAACAGUUUUCAUACAUUGAUACUGAGUCAACAGUGUACAUUCAACAGUUACCAAACAUUGAUACUGAGUCAACAGUGUACAUCUUACAGUUACCAUACAGUGAUACUGAGUCAACAGUGUACAUUCAACAGUUUCCAUACAUUGAUACUGAGUCAACAGUGUACAUCCAACAGUUACCAAACAUUGAUACUGAGUCAACAUUACCAAACAUUGAUAUUGAGUCAACAGUGAGUUACAUUGAUACUGAGUCAACAGUGUACAUCUUACAGUUACCAUACACUGAUACUGAGUCAACAGUGUACAUCCAACGGUUUCCAUACAUUGAUACUGAGUCAACAGUGUACAUCUUACAGUUACCAUACACUGAUACUGAGUCAACAGUGUACAUUCAACAGUUUCCAUACAUUGAUAUUGAGUCAACAGUGUACAUUCAACAGUUACCAAACAUUGAUACUGAGUCAACAGUGUACAUCUUACAGUUUCCAUACAUUGAUACUGAGUCAACAGUGUACAUUCAACAGUUUCCAUACAUUGAUACUGAGUCAACAGUGUACAUCCAAAAGUUUCCAUACAUUGAUACUGAGUCAACAGUGUACAUCUUACAGUUACCAUACACUGAUACUGAGUCAACAGUGUACAUCCAACAGUUUCCAUACAUUGAUACUGAGUCAACAGUGUACAUUCAACAGUUACCAAACAUUGAUACUGAGUCAACAGUGUACAUCUUACAGUUACCAUACACUGAUACUGAGUCAACAGUGUACAUCCAACAGUUUCCAUACAUUGAUACUGAGUCAACAGUGUACAUCUUACAGUUACCAUACAGUGAUACUGAGUCAACAGUGUACAUUCAACAGUUACCAAACAUUGAUACUGAGUCAACAGUGUACAUUCAACAGUUACCAAACAUUGAUACUGAGUCAACAGUGUACAUCCAACAGUUUCCAUACAGUGAUACUGAGUCAACAGUGUACAUCUUACAGUUACCAUACAGUGAUACUGAGUCAACAGUGUACAUUCAACAGUUUCCAUACAUUGAUACUGAGUCAACAGUGUACAUUCAACAGUUACCAAACAUUAAUACUGAGUCAACAGUGUACAUCCAACAGUUUCCAUACAUUGAUACUGAGUCAACAGUGUACAUUCAACAGUUACUAAACAUUAGUUCAUCACCUCUCGUCGUCAGCGAGGAUAAUAGACUAUGA